GAAACAGAUGGACGAAAUUCGUAAACAGCUGAGGGAGCAGAGUCAGUCCCUGGGAGGAGUGACCUUGAACCCCAUCAAUGAGUACCUCACCCCUCAGGAAGCAGCUGAUGCAGCAAAGUUUAAAAAGGUUAAAAGAAAGUAAGGAAAAUCAGAAAGAAAGAAUCACUAAAAGCAGAUGACCUUCUUCCUCUGCCAAAUCAAGGUCAGGAGGACACAGAUUAUGGGUCAAGGAAAAGAGGGAGGGGUUACAUGCAAGAGGAGGAGGAGGCUGCUGAGGGUCAGACAGGGUAUGAGAACGGUUAUGGUGGGGGUGGGGGCAUGACGGCUCCCAUCGUGAUCGACUAUGCCCACGGUCACACAGCGGUCAGUGUUAAUGACCAGCCAAUGGAGGUCACAGAACCAGAGGAAGAGGAGGACUUGGUUGGUCCAGAUGAGGAUCUCAGUAAUGUUGUAACAGAGGAAGAUGAGGCAGAGAAGGAGUUACACUCGGCUCUGUCUAAAGGCAGGAAAAUCAAGCAGAGGAAAGAUGCCUCAGCUGUCGUCAAGGUAGCAGAGUAGGUACUCUUAAAAGCCAAGUCAGAGCCUGAGGAAGAAGAGGAAACCCCCAGGACGGUAACAUUAUCCUCAAUGCCAACUGAGUUCUGUAGAACCCUGGGGGGUGUUCCUACGUACGGCCAAUCAGGGAACAGAGAGGAAGACCAGGAGGAUUUCAUGGAUUUUGAGAAAGAACUUGAAGAACGAAGGAAAAAAGAAGAUGAGGAACAAAUGUCAGGUUGGAAUGUUGUUGAAAUUGACGAAACACCUGUCAAUAUCACUG